AUGGGGCGCUGUGUCUAUCGAGUGUCCUCCGCGGCAGCGACGCUGCUGACUGUACUCAUCGCCGCCGUCACCGUUGCUGCCACCACGGCGCGCGCGUACGAUCAUGCGGGCGUCACGGUGGCCGGUGCGCUGCUGGUAGGCCAGAACGAGGAGGGCAAGUUAGGCACGAACCGCAUUCUGAACCCCUUCGCGCUCUGCGCCAACUUCGACACCACCGACGUGACGGACACAACGCUCCUCAUCGGCGGCGCCUCUUAUUUUUUCACUUUCGAUCGUCACAGCACUUACCUGAGCUUCUGGUAUGGCCAGGGUUCGAUGAACUUGAACAGCGGACCGAUUGACCAGGUUCGGCUGACCGGCGUGUUCGGCUGCACGACGGUGCGGACCACUUCCAGCAGCGGGUCUCCCAUCUCUACCGUCUACUACGUGCAGAACGACGGCUUUCUCUACUGGGUGAUGAAUAGCGUCGUGUACGUGACGCUGGUGAAAAAUGGCAUCAGCCUCUUCGAUGUGACCGUAUACAAGGGCAACCUCUACCUUCUCAGCGCCCAGAACCGCAUCUACAAAUGCCUCAUAGGCCCCGGCGGCGCCGUGACGGGGUCAGCCUGCACGCAGGUUAUGCUCGCUGGCAGUACCGCCUACGCCAACUUGUCAGAGACGUCGACAUCGGAGUUCAAGGGUUUCGCGGUGUCGUCCGCUGGCAUCUUCAUCGCGCCGAGCUCGAGCCUGUACUGGUUUAACCUCGCUGGUGGCUACAUUGCCAGCACGACCACAGCCGUCGUGUUUGUCGACGUCAAGUUCACCAGCAACAGGGACACCGCAAACCCCGGUAUCCCGACUUUGAUGGCAGCCUCGACGAGCGCAGUCUACAGGGUCUCCACCGCUGGGACAUCGAUCACGUACACCCUCAUCGCUGGUAAGGAGACUGCCACGUGCAACCUAGCCCUGGACAACGUCGACUCUCUCACAGACCCGAGUUUCUGCGGCAUCGCGCGCAUCUACCCCUUAAGUUUGGACGUGGUGUACAUGACAACCGCCGGUGCAAGUGUUGUGCGGGCCAUCGUAGUGAGCAACACCACCAUUAGAGACACCAUCACCCGCACCCCGUUCCCGCUGUACUUCCUAGACAGGGCUUCGACCAUUCCAGUGCUGCUGGAUGGCAUGAAUUACGAGAUCGUGGGCCACUCGAACGUCCCUUUCCCGUACGUGGCGAUCGACCAGUCUACGCCGGAAGUGAACGACACCACGUGGGACACGAGCUUUGGUGUGGAUAUAUCGAACCGCUUCUUUUCCAUGGCGUCAAGCGCAGCGGUCACCAGCACACCCUUCAUGGGGUCGCUGCACGGGUUGGAGACGUACUACAACCGCACGAACCAAAUCAUCUUUGGCGAUCCAAAUGUGCUGCCCAUGUGCAACCUCACCAAGAUGCUGAUGAUCGAGCGCGCUGUGGCCACUGCGGCCCGCGCCGCCCUGAAGUACCCGUACAUCUACACGUCAAACGCACAGAACUUCACGGUAAACGCGCAGCCGAACUUGACGCUGGUGAAGCUGCUGAUGCCGUACGCCUUCGGGGAGAUCCUGAAUGAGCUCGGCUUCUUCGAGAACACGACGACCGCGGCGGCGCUCGCGGCCGUUCAGUUCAACACGACGAUGCUCGCGGCAGUGCGCAGCGCCUACAUGAUGGACCGCGUGUAUGAUUGCAUUUUUUCCGGGAACGCGUAUCCCUUCCACGUCCUCACUGCAGCGCAGCAACAGGAGGUGCGGUGGAUCAUCUACAGUGCAAUUCAGAACCAGCUGGCGAGGUGCAAUCAGAGCAUCCCCUACCUUGGCCCUGACAGCAACUCGAGUAACUCGUACAACAACAUGGCCCCCGGCUGCGUUCCGCGCAUCGGUAUCAACAACCUCACCGAGAUGCUGUUGCCGGGGCUGCCUUACAGCAACUUUAACAUCACCGUCUUCAUCCCUGAAAGCCUGUAUUACAACUUUGGCAUCUCGCGCUGCCUCGAUGGCACCGACUGGACAGACGUCAUGGGUUAUCUGAUAAAUGCGACGACAAGGAACAACCGCAAGUGCAAUACGGGGUGCAUCGUCGGCAUCGCCGUGGCGUCUGCCCUGGUGGCGUCCUUUCUGGUGGUGGCGAUAGUCAUCAUGACCUCGAAGCGGCGGCGCCUCGCCACCGUCGUGGCGCCGGCUGCGACCAGCGAGCCGAAGUUCAUCAGCACCCUAGACAUGACCAGCGAGGAAGGCAGCCGUAACCCCUUGACCAGGUAA